UUUGUCAAAGGCAACUGAAAAAAGAUGGAGAUGUGGAUGAGGAAUAAGUGAGUAACACCACCACAACUUCCCACUUUUGAAAAUUACAAGCAAAUGUGCCUCCCAAAGUGGACAUUGACACUAGUAGUAAUAUAAAACACACCGUCCUCAUAUCUUUCUCUCUCUCACACACACACUCUCUCUCUCUCUCUCUGGUUCAAAUUCUUGCUAAUGUCCUAUUGCAGUCUCAUCUUACUUUAUAGAUUUAGGAGAAUAAAAUGGAGCUGGAAGCACGUAGAAACCCCUCUGUGGUGAGCUUUGAAUCUUCACCAGCUUCAAUCGCACCAAUGGGAUCACUGCUGAGAAGGGUGUGCAACAAAUUUUCUGGCUUUGCCUGUUCUUGGAAAAAGGCUCACUGUCACCGCGGCCGAGGAACUCUCCAUAGGGAUGUUGAACAAGAAGAAUUUCCGUAUCCAAGUACCCGUUGUCUCUCAUCAUACUACAGCGUCUUUGUAGCUCGCCUCGCCAUCAUGGUCAUGCUGGCAAUUUUAAUUGGGUUGCUAACCCUCCUGACAUGGCAUUUUACAAGGGUCUAUACAUCAAGGUCACUAAAUAGUUUGGCAUAUGGCCUUCGUUUUGAACUCCUGCAGCGUCCCUUACUACGAAUGUGGAACAUAGUGAAUUCCACAGUUGAAAUAACAACGGCUCAAGUCAAGCUGUCGGAGUAUGUAAUCAAACGGUAUAGCAAGCCUGUUAAUCAAGCACAGCAAGUUGAGCAGCUAUAUGAAGUAAUGAGAGAUGUAACCUGGGCACUAUUUGCAAGUCGUAAAGCUCUCAAUUCAAUAACAAUAAGCUACAGAAAUGGUUUUGUCCAGGCCUUCCAUAGAGAUCACCGGAGUAACAAUACAUUCUAUAUUUACUCUGAUCUUGUCAACUAUUCAAUCAGUGGGUCUUAUGAUGUCAACGAGCUAUCCUCUCAUCAAGGGUGGAAUGAUCAAUCCAUACGUAGUAAUAUCUCUGCCAUUUGGUACCGAGAACCACUCGAUCCUGUCACUGGUGCAAAGACGGGGAAACCAAAGAAAAUCCCACCAGAUGAUCUGAUCUACAUUGCAGGCCUUUCACAAGUGCCUGAUGGUGCAGCUUCAUGGCAUGUAGCAGUAAGCAAGUACACGGAUUCACCAUUGCUUUCAGCGGCAUUGCCUGUCCGGGACCCUUCUGAUGAAAUAGUGGCCGUUGUUGGUGUUACUACAGCACUUUAUAGUGUAGGUCAGUUGAUGAAAGAACUUGUUGAGUUCCACAGUGGACAUAUUUAUCUAACAUCUCAGGAGGGUUGGUUGCUCGCUACUUCCUCAAAUACUCCUCUCUUAAUGAAUUCAACAAAGGGACCCAACCUUAUGAUGGCUGUCAAUUCUGAAGAUCAUGUAAUACGACUGGGGGCCGAGUGGUUACAGAGAGUCUAUGGCAACAAGUUUCCGCAAGAACAUGAGGUUCACAUUGAAAACGCCAGGCUCGGACACCAGCUCUAUUACAUCGAUUCAUUUUUCCUAAAUUUAAGAAGACUUCCCAUGGUGGGAGUUAUCAUCAUUCCAAGAAAAUAUAUAAUGGGGAAGGUAGAUGAGAGAGCCUUCAAAACAUUGGUUACGUUGAUUUCUGCAUCUGUGUGUAUACUAGUCAUUGGGUGUAUCUGCAUUUUCAUAUUGACAAACGGAGUGUCAAAGGAAAUGAAACUAAGAGCAGAGUUGAUAAGCCAGCUAGAUGCAAGAAGAAAGGCAGAAGCAUCAAGCAACUAUAAAAGCCAGUUUUUAGCAAACAUGAGUCAUGAAUUGCGAACACCUAUGGCUGCAGUUAUUGGGUUGCUGGACAUCCUUAUAUGUGAUGAUUGUCUCACAAACGAGCAAUAUGGAACAAUUACCCAGAUUCGAAAAUGCUCAACUGCUUUACUUCGGCUUCUCAACAACAUUCUGGAUCUCAGUAAGGUUGAAUCUGGAAAGCUGGUUUUGGAAGAAGCUGAAUUUGACUUGGGGCGAGAACUUGAAGGACUUUUUGAUAUGUUCUCUGUGCAAUGCAUAAACCAUAAUGUUGAGACCGUUCUAGAUCUAUCAGAUGACAUGCCAAAAUUAGUUCAAGGAGACUCUGGCAGAGUUGUUCAAAUAUUUGCAAACCUAAUUAACAACUCUAUCAAGUUUACAACAUCGGGAUACAUCAUACUGCGAGGAUGGUGUGAGGAUCCAAAUUCUUUCAGUGAUACCAGGAAGUUCCCACUCAAUCAGAAGGAAUCAUGGUCUUCGCCAAAAUUGAAGUUGAAGCAACACAGGAACCAUGCAAAGAGAUCCUGCAAGAACGACAAGAAAGUGAUUCUUUGGUUUGAAGUUGAAGACACUGGUUGUGGGAUUGAUCCAAGCAAAUGGGAGUCUGUAUUUGAAAGCUUUGAGCAAGCCGAUCCUUCAACAACUAGAACGCACGGUGGCACUGGUCUUGGCCUAUGCAUUGUACGAACCUUGGUUAAUAAGAUGGGUGGAGAAAUAAAAGUUGUAAGAAAGAAUGGCCCAGGAACUCUAAUGCAGCUGCGUUUACUUCUCAGCACACCUGUAGAUAGCACGGGACAGCAUUGUCAAUUAAAAUUUGCAGAACACAGCUUGAAGGUACUUCUUGCACUUAGUGGCAAAAUGGCUAGAUUUACUAUGUCCCAGUGGUUACAGAAGAAUGGCAUGCUCACCUGGGAGGCAUCUGAGUGGAAUGAACUGAUUCAAAUGCUUCAGGAACUCUUUCAAGCCAAAACCUCUUCACAAAGUUCACCAAGUGAAUGUUCAAAAUCUGAAACAUUAGAUAUACAAGACACAACGGACUCAGUUUUUGUAGUAGUUACUGACAUUUUACUACUUGACUUAAGCACAGAUAUAUGGAAGGAACAGCUCAAUAUCCUGGAAAAAUACCAUGGGAAAAUGCAGUUUGCAUGGAUACUAAACCAUGAUACCUCCAAUGUCAUUAAGAUGGAGCUGCGUAGGAAAGGGCAUUUUUUGAUGGUCAACAGACCACUCUACAAGGCAAAAUUGAUUCAGAUUUUGGAAGCAGCCAUAAGGGAGAGAAAUCUUGAGCUGCAUAAGAAAAUGAAUACUUCAAGUUCUACAGAAGUUGAGGGUGAUUCACAUGAAUGUCUUGAAAUUGAUUUCAGUCCGUUUGAUGCUGCCAGCUCUGAUGAUUCUGUCAAGUCGGAAAUGGAAAGUUAUAAUCCUACAAGUGCAUUUCAUACCGGAGAAAAGCAAAGAGAAAACUUCACUAAAUUCUCUCUCUCACCGUAUGGGGCAGUCAACAAUGGAUAUAUGGAGCCUAGUCAAGUAAAUAUAAAAGAAAAUGAUUUGAGUACAAAUGACCCAGGUCAAAUGAGACUCACAUUGCAAGUCAAUUCAAGAUGCCGUGAACAACAAUUGACCAGCAGUUGUCCUGAAGAGCAAGGCAGUUUAUAUUCAGCUAAGCCUGUUAAUGAACAGAAAUCUCUUGAAGGCAUACGCAUACUAUUGGCAGAAGACACACCAGUACUCCAAAGAGUUGCAACCAUAAUGCUGGAAAAAAUGGGGGCAAGAGUUGUGGCAGUGGGAGAUGGACUGCAGGCAGUGAAUGCUUUAAACUUAAUGCUUAGUGCAGACGAGUGUAGAAAGGGAUCUUCCCCGGAAGAUGGGAAUGCAGAAACCCUGACAGAAAUAUGUGAUUCCCCACCAUACGACUUGAUCCUAAUGGAUUGUCAGAUGCCAAAGAUGGAUGGUUAUGAGGCAACCAAGGCAAUCAGGAAAUUUGAAUUGGAAACUGGAUCACACAUCCCAAUUGUCGCACUGACAGCCCAUGCUAUGUCAUCCGAUGAAGCCAAAUGCUUGGAGGUGGGUAUGGAUGCUUACCUAACAAAGCCGAUUAACUGCAAGCAAAUGGUAUCCACAAUACUUUCACUAACAAAGAGAACGGCCUAAUUUCUACAGAAAGCAUCAACAGCAUCACCACACAAUGCAGAGUUUGGAUUAGAGUUAAUAGAGAUCAAGGAAAGGCAACUUAUAGCAUAAUACUAGAACUUUUUUUUGGAGUUAUGGUUUUCCAUGUCAUGUAGUUCGGAAGCGACCACCAUCAUUUUGUAUAUAUACUAACUAGGGUAUCAAUGAGUAGCAAUGCAUGAACAAUGUAGCAUUAAAUCUAAAGAAGUGGGUUGGUGGUAGAUCAUGUUGAGAUGUAAUAAACUAAUAAAGUAAUGUACUUGCACGUAAGUCGAAUGGACACACACCACAGAUUUGAGGCUUUGCA